UGUCCACCAUGUCCUCUGCAGCGGGAAGCGGCUACUCGCGAGCGUCGACGUCGGUGCCCGCGGCAAGUCUGACUCCGAAGCGGCCUGCAUCAAUACAAGAGCUCGCUCAGCGCGCCGAGAUCAACUGGGAUGCCUCCAAGGAUUUCAAGUUCUGGCUCAAAGUGGCCGAAAGGGCUCGACAUGCCGGUCAGGAUCAUGACUUGCACGGCGACCUUGAAAAUGCAUUUGUGGAGUAUGCGCGGGCGGCUACACUCAUUCUUGACAAAAUACCGACGCACCGGGACUACCACACAAGACUUGAUCAAAUACAGAGGGACACGCUAAUAAUGAAAGGCAAAGGUGUCCUCGACAGAAUGGGAUUGCUAAAACCUCCUCUGAUUGAUCGGCACAAUGCUUGGGAGAACGCGCAAUCGCGGGGCAGUGUUACUCCCCGCUCUUCAGCUCCUCCGAAAGCAUUUAACGCAGAUCGAAUACAAAGAGACCGUACUCCAUCUCGAAAAUCAAGCAUAAAUGAACACUACCGUGAAGAAAGAGACUCAAGACAAAUAUGGUAUCCAGAUACAGCACCGGAAAAGCGGCGGAGAGAGGAACCACUUCCACAGCCUUCCAGGGCCCGAUCCCAGCAGCGAACGCGUGUAGAAGAGGAUGGAAUCUUACGAAGGCAACGGGAGGCCGAAGAAGAGGCUCGUGCCGUUCGGAGAGCAGCGUUGCAUAACAGUGCUGCUUCCGGAUUCGUUUCCAUACCAAUUGCGCCGCAAAUGGCACCACAGCGAUCAACCGGACAAUCUUCAACUAGAAGUGCAUCUGAUAGUACUUUAGAUACACCGCCUUUAUUGCCGUUGGAAAGUCCAAUGAGGCGGUACGAUGGUGAUUCUACUGACCCGGAGACGGAAGAAGGUAAUGAUGAUGAGCUCUACAAGAAAGUCGCCGAGAUCAGCAUGGGAGGGAAGAAUGCGUCUUCCUCGUCUACGGUGGCGCCCUUCGGAGGGCCUCCCCUUCCUCAAAUUAUAACAACAUCUGCUCCUCCACCCUCCCUUAGCCCUGUCUCGUAUCCGCAACUCAUGACUCAACAUCAACGAACACAGGGUUACACACCGUCUCUUCAAUCAAUGUUCCAACAGCCGCCAGCCAAUUUCCCACAGACGACGCUCUUGUUUGAAAAUGCACCACCACCAAGGCAUCU